UCAAUGUAAUUUGUCAAUUGUCACUGUCAAAUAGUUAUUUUGAUUUCGUCUGAACGAAGGUUCAAUUUUUUAUAAAAAUGUCGAAUUCCAUCGCCAAAUUAUUGGCCCUGGAUAAAUUGGCGACAAUUUUCAAUAUCAUUCGUCAAAAUGGUGGUAUCCGGGCAUCUAUGUAUAAACUGUACAGACAGGAUGAAUUAAAAGAUGGACGCCUUGUCGGCGAGGACGAGUUCGGCAACAAGUACUACGAGAACCCUCGCUAUUUUUACAGUAGGAACCGAUGGGUGGAAUACUCAGAUAACUUCAACAUGAACUACGAUGGCAGUCAAGUAACAGCUGAAUGGUUUGGAUGGCUACAUUACAAAACUGAUCUUCCACCACACCAGGACCCGAGUAGACCCAAAUACAAGUGGAUGGCGAAGUUCACGGAGAAUAUGUCAGGAACGACGGGCCAGUAUGUUCCCUACAGCACGACCAGACCCAAGGUCGAGGCCUGGGUACCCAAAUCCAAGAGCAGUGCAUAAAAUUACACAAAUUGUUAUCAAAGACCUUUUGAAAUUUUUUAAUGCUAUUCUUUAAAUACUCUUUGAAAUUGACAGAUUAAAAAUAUUAAAAUAUCGAAAUUGGCGCGAAUUUAUAUUCUAUGUAAAGCCGAAUGUACAUUUUCGUUUUAAUAGCUUAGCUGUAAGUAGAAAAUGAAUUAAAGCAUGUUAUUUAAAA